AUGUACAACAAUGAUGAUGAUACAGAAGAAAACGAGAGACCGUAUAGAGACGAGCAGGUAGAAGAUAACAUAGAUGAGCCAGUGAGGGAAGAAAUAGAAACAAUAAUUGAAAACAUGAAAGAUCAAAAAUCAGCAGGGUAUAACGUGAGAGACAAAAUAAGCAGGAAGAAUACAAAAAUGCGAAAGGCAAUCAGUCCGGAGGAACGUUUGUCCUUAACACUUCGCUUUUUGGCAACAGGUGAGUCCUAUCAUUCUCUUAUGUACUUGUAUCGAAUUCCUGUAAGCACAAUCGCAAGGAUUGUUCCCCAGUGUUGUACGGCAAUUCACGAGGUGCUACAAACGGAAUAUUUAAAGGUACCAAAUACUCAAGCAGAAUGGACAUUGCCAAUGAUUUUGAAAAUAUGUGGAAUUUCCCGAACUGUGUGGGCUCCUUAGAUGGCAAGCAUAUUGUUAUGCAAGCUCCACCUUGUAGUGGAAGCUAUUAUUUUAAUUAUAGAGGCACACAUAGUAUAUUUUUAAUGGCGUUGGCUGAUUCAACGUACAAAUUAACUUAUGUAAAUAUUGGUUGCAAUGGCAGAAUAUCAGAC